CUAUUUAAUUGUUUUAAAGUUAAAUUCACAAAGCCUUCGGGAGUCUAAUCUUUGAAACCAAUUAUGAAUUAGCAGGAACAUGAUAGCAUUGAAUUAGUUGCUACUUAAUUUUUGCGAAACUUUGACAUUCUCAGUCUUAUUAUAUUCAUAUUCUUUUAUGGAGUCAUGCACAUUAUUUUAGAUAUUUUUGCAACAUCUGUCCAAUUUACGAAAAUGUUUCCAUCUAUUUGUCUUGUGCAUUCUAUAUAGUUCACAUUUCAUUGGAAUCAUUUUGAAUCAUUAGAACAUUGGAAACUGAUUUCUUUUCUUUAGUGUUGAAUAUUAGACAGUGUGAUCAUCUUUAAUUUUAUAGUUUAAUCAUGAGUUUGAGUAAUAAAUUAGUAGAUAUGUACAAUUGUUAUUUACUUAAUUCGACUUUUCUUUUCCUGAAAUACUAGUCUAUAUAUAUCCUAUGUGCUUCUAUUUGGUAUGCAGAUUAAUAUAUAUACUGUUGUUCUAGUAACCCAAAAAAUAGUGGUGUUACUUAAUCUCCCCUUCAAAACUAAAGUCUAUAUGUUUAUUGGCUGUAACUUGUGAUGUAAAUUUUAUGCUCCUAAUUCAUGAAUAUUAGAAAGGCUUAGAUCCAAAACAAUAGUAGUGGAUAAAGAUUGCUUUCUUUGGAACCACAUAUCCUCCUUCGAUCCGGUUAGUUCUUCAAACAUCUGCAUUCUUUUUUGUUGUUGAAUUUUUGGAUUUUCUGUUUACUCUUCGUUUGCAGAUGAAACUAGUUUUAGUUAGAAUUUGUGCAAGUAUUUGUCUAAUGCAACGAUCAUAUGGUUGAAACUGUACGGCUAAUAUGGGUGAAGAAGGCUAUGGAUGGUCCCCAAUUGAGGCUCCUCUAGAUGUCCAGAAAGAGGACCACUUGAGGCAUUUCGACAACUCUGUUGAUGCCGUCUCUUUUGGGUUUGUUGCUACUGCCAUUCUCGUCUCAAUGUUUUUGCUCAUGGCCAUCUUUGAAAGGUUUUUGCGACCUACUCCCACUGCUUUCUCUCACGCCGGAGGUUGGACCCACCUUGACCCUAAGGCUCAGAUGUGGUUUGCUGGAAAGCUUGCUCACCCAUCACCCAAAUGUCCACUACAAGUCGGGAGUACCGAGUGUGGAUACUAUGUCAUGAAGUUUAUGAGAGAGAUUGUAAAUAGGGGAAGCAUUGUCAUCUUGAAUUCGAUAUGUUAUAUAUCAAACUAUUUCUUUUAAUUUGCGGGUAUAAUGAUUUUCAUGAAUAUUAAUUUAUUUAUUUUGCAU